AUGGGGUUACCUGCCAAGAGUGUCUGUCCUGAAUGUGAUCAAUGCUUGGUCACAGGCCACUGGUGUCAAUCAUGUCAAAGUCAACAGUUUCAUGAAAACUCUGAUAACUGGACCACUGGAUUUGAAGAAAUUGAUAAUUUUAUUAAAGAAACUCAAUUAAAUGCUAAAGAUUGCACUGAAUAUUUAGAAUUUUUACCCUUCAAAUCUUUUAUUGGUAUAAAUAAAUAUGAUACUUCCGGAUUCGGAACCGUUUAUACAGCUAAUUGGAAAAAAGGUCCUAAAGAUGCUUGGAGUGAACACGAGCAUAAAUAUGUGGCUAGGAGAGAUUUAAUAAAAGUUGCCCUCAUUUCCCUUGGCAAAGACCCUAAAAUAUUUUUAAGAGAGUUAAAAUUAAAUUAUAAUUUUCGCACAAAAAAUGGUCUUAUAAUAAGGCUAUUUGGUGUUACUCGAGAAACCGUCACAGGUCAUCUGAUGAUGGUUGCCGAAACUUGUGAAUGGGACUUAAGACAUUAUGUCUCUCAUCAUUUCGCUCGCCUAAGUUGGUCUCAUAAAGUCGCCAUUCUUCAUUCUAUCGCUUGUGCUCUUGAAUCUUAUCAACGUGGUGAACAGGUUCAUCGUGAUCACGUUUCAAAUGUUCAGAUAUUUAAAUCCCACCUAGAAAUUCCUGUGAAAGAAUUGGGUUUGGGGGAUAACAAAGAUCCAAUUCCAAUAGUCGGUUACUAUAAAAAUGACCUUUUGCCUUACAUGGCUCCUGAAAUUUUACAAAAGAAACCUUACUCUGUAAAAUCGGACAUUUAUAGUUUUGGUAUGCUAAUGUGGGAAUUAUCGACAAACAAACCUCCAUUUUACGAUAAAACUCGUAAUUCAAAACUAAUAGAUGAUAUUAGUCUUCAUAAUUUACGUCCUAAAAAUGAUUCUAAUACACCUAAAUGUUAUAUCGAUUUAAUGGAACGCUGUUGGUCUAAUGAUCCUAAUAAUCGUCCUGAAAUUUCUGAAAUCGUAAAAAUCUUGAGUGAUUGGCAUUUAUAUAGUAAAAAUUCUGAUCAAUUUACUGCUGCUGAACAAAUUAGACUUAAUAACAUGAAAGCUAAAGGAAUUGACACAACUCCCGGAAAAAUGGUUUCCCCUCCGAAGAUUCAUCCGCAAGCUAUAUAUACUAGUAGAAAGAUUAAAUUUCCCAUACUUCCUUUGUCUGGUGUUAAUGCUCAACGUAUCAAACAAUCUUAUGACGCUUCAAACAAAAAUUCAAUUGAUCUAGCAUCUUUACUUGUUCGUGACGAAAGUUAUUUUGUUAAAACGAGUAAGGCAUUACAAACAAGAGAGUUGGAAGAGGAGGAAGUUGAUGAUGACCUCCUAAAGCAAUACGAAUUAUCGAUACCUUUUGACAAGAAAAAUAAAGUUACAGUUGAUGAAGAUUUGAUUAUACAGUCAUCUAAUGAUCUUGAACCAUCAUGUAAUCAAGUCAAUUUUGAAGCAAAUUUUGAUUAUUUAUCACUUGAAAUGUUAAAAUUUUUCUGUCAAAUGAUGGGUAUUUCAAAUGUCAAUUGUAAAUACAAUGUAGAAGGUUCAAAUAAUGAUAGUCAGAAAGGAGAAGAUUUAAGAGCAAUGGUGUCAGAU